AUGACUAACCGGCUGGUCAGGUUAACAUACCCACACCUAGCAUUGGCAAAUCCCUCUGAGGCUAUAAGUAUCCAAUCCAGCCACCUGGUCGAUGUUUUGAGUCGAAGUGAAGUAAAGCGGAGAGAGAGAGAGAAGCGCGGUGAGUCACUCUGUCUGGCUAUAAAGGGUGUUGGCAAAGGUUUUUAUUUCCCUCCAUUUGAAUUGAACUGCCAUGUGUCCUCUAGCACCUGUGCCUCCUCCUGCUGA